AGAGAAUGAGAGAAGCAGAAGGAAAGAAGAGCGAGAGAGAAGCAGAAAGAGAGAGAGAGUUCAAUUCUCGCAGUUAAAAACAGAGUAAAAGCACAGGCGGAGCGGCUGACUCUCCCUCAGCGAGCGGAGAAAGGCGGACUGAGCGGCGGAUCUCGCCCGAGCCUCGGGCGCAGACAGUGGACUCUGAAACUUUCUCUCCGGCUCCGUUUCUCUAGACUGCUCUUGUUUGGAUAACCUCGACAAGUUCGGCCGUGUCGUCUAGCUCCACUCUUGCCGGCUGCCUGCCACAACUUCGUGCACUUCUCAGUUAUUUUCUUCUGUUUGUUUAUUUGUUUGUUUGUUUCCGCGCUCCCUCUGCGGCUCAUGCUUACAAAUGUUAGCUGUGGGGCAAAUGGAUGCUAACAGGCAGAGCGCUUUCGUGCUAAGCAGCACGCCGCUGGCCGCGCUGCACAACAUGACCGAGAUGAAGAGCUCGCUGUUCCCGUACGCGCUGCAGAACCCGGCCGGCUUCAAGGCUCCGGCCUCGCUCUCCGCACUGAACUCGCAGAUCCCGCUGGGGACGCCGCACGGGAUUAGCGACAUCCUCGGCCGCCCAAUCGGCGCGGCGGGACAGCUGCUCUCCGGCUUCCCCCGGAUCGGCGGCCUGGCGGGCUCGGCGGGGAUGUACCUGAACCCCGCAGCCAUGGCUAGAUGCCCCAAACCCCUGGCAGAACUGCCCGGCCGCGCGCCCAUAUUCUGGCCCGGAGUGAUGCAGGGCUCCCCGUGGAGGGACCCGAGAGUGCCCUGUCCAGCACAAACGAACUUAAUGCUGGACAAAGACGGCAAGAAGAAACACUCCAGGCCCACUUUCUCAGGACAGCAGAUUUUCGCCCUGGAGAAAACUUUCGAGCAGACCAAAUACCUGGCCGGUCCGGAGAGAGCGCGGCUCGCCUACUCACUGGGAAUGACCGAGAGCCAAGUGAAGGUGUGGUUUCAGAACCGCAGGACCAAGUGGAGGAAGAAGCAUGCAGCAGAAAUGGCCACAGCCAAGAAGAAGCAUGACUCUGAGACGGAGAAGAUGAAGGAGAGCUCAGACAACGAGGACGAUGAUGAGUACAACAAACCUCUGGACCCCAACUCAGACGAUGAAAAAAUCACGAGACUGCUUAAAAAGCACAAAGCCUCGAGUGUUGCCCUUGUCAGCCCGUGCAGCAACAGCUCGGAUGCGUUGUGACUCAGAGCUCAGCAGAGACUCAAAUCUCAGUCUGCGGCCUAAAACAGGGUGUACACUGCUCUCCUACAGUACAGCAGGGUGUACACUGCUCCCCUACAGUGCAGCAGGGUGUACACUGCUCUCCUACAGUACAGCAGGGUGUACACUGCUCUCCUACAGUGCAGCAGGGUGUACACUGCUCUCCUACAGUACAGCAGGGUGUACACUGCUCUCCUACAGUACAGCAGGGUGUACACUGCUUCCCUACAGUACAGCAGGGUGUACACUGCUUCCCUACAGUGCAGCAGGGUGUACACUGCUCUCCUACAGUACAGCAGGGUGUACACUGCUCUCCUACAGUACAGCAGGGUGUACACUGCUUCCCUACAGUGCAGCAGGGUGUACACUGCUCUCCUACAGUACAGCAGGGUGUACACUGCUCUCCUACAGUACAGAGGGUGUACACUGCUCUCCUACAGUACAGCAGGGUGUACACUGCUCUCCUACAGUACAGCGGGUGUACACUGCUCUCCUACAGUACAGCAGGGUGCACACUGCUAUCCUACAGUGCAACAGGGUGUACACUGCUCUCCUACAGUGCAGCAUGGUGCACACUGCUCUCCUACAGUGCAGCAGGGUGUACAUUGCUUCCCUACAGUGCAGCAGUGUGUACACUGCUCUCCUACAGUACAACAGGGUGCGCAAUGCUGUCUUACAGUGCAACAGGGUGUACACUGCUCUCCUACAGCGAAGCAGGGUGCGCACUGCUGUCUUAAACUAUAGCAGGGUGCAUACUACUUCUUCUACAGUGCAGCAGGGUAUACGUUGCUUCACUACAGUACAGCAGGUUAUGUACUGCUGUCUUACCAUCAGGGUGUACACUGCUCACCUACAGUGAAGCAAGGUGUACAUUGCUCUUCUAAAGUGAAACAGGGUGUACACUGCUCCCCCUACAGUUAAGCAAGGUGUAUACUGCUGUCUUACAGUACAUCAGGGUGUACACUGCUCUCCAACAGCGAAGCAGUGUCCACUGCUUUACUACAGUGAUCCAGGGAGUUCACUGCACCUCUACAGUGCAGCAGGGUGUACACUGCUCUCCUACAGUGCAGCAGGGUGUACACUGCUCUCCUACAGUGCAGCAGGGUGUACACUGCUCUCCUACAGUGCAGCAGGGUGUACACUGCUCUCCUACAGUGCAGCAGGGUGUACACUGCUCUCCUACAGUGCAGCAGGGUGUACACUGCUCUCCUGCACUGCAGCAGGGUGCACACUGCUCUCCUGCACUGCAGCAGGCCACGCUUUGCUGUCCUAAAGCUAAAGUUAAGCAGGGUAUGCGCUGUUUUCCUAAAGCAGAAUGUGCACUGUUCUCUAAAGUAAAGCAGGGUAUGCGCUGCGCUGCUCUGCUGGUGCCAAUGCAAUGUGUUGUACACAUGCAAGUGUAAGUGAGAUGUAUAUAUUUUGUACGGAUUAAAUUAUGUUAUUAAACCGCCAGGAAUGGACAUGGCGACUUUAUCAGUCACCCCUCUCCACUGCCCCCUCCCCAGUCUGCAGCUGUGGCAGGAUAACGGAGCGCAACUACUUCGCCAGUUCUCCAGUUCAGUCCUCCACAUGUCCCGUGUUGUAAAUGAUGAUGUAAAAAGCCUUUGUUUUAACAGUGUCCUCUACAGCCGAUUAGUUUCAUUUCAAAGGACUUUAUGUUUUACCAUCCACCACAAAAAAAUAGAUACAGAUGGAGCGUUAAAUAUUGAAAUAAGAGAAUAUUAUUGCUUCCGUGCUGGAGGAAGAAGACCUUUGUAUGAUCAAUAAAUUAUUUAACAUAUUUUAAAAA